GCUUUAACUCCUUUUGCAUGAGAAAAGAAUGGAGGGAGGCUGGCAGAAGCAGAUGCAAGCGCUAAGGUGAUCCUGGACUGAGCGAGCCAUUCACUGAGUCAGUGCCAUGAAGCUGAUUUCCUCUGGCUCUUUGUCUCCCCUCAAGAUACAUCUGUUUGGUCUCCUGUCCUUCCUCCUUUUUGUCUUCUCAGAGUUGGAAAAGAGGGAGACAAUUUCACUGCAUUUUUAAUCCAGGAGUAAUUUAUCUAUCCAUCAUUUUCUCCUUGGAUUCUGCCACAGCAUAUUCCAGUGCCAAAAAUGAGCCGUGGGUAUUCAGAGAACAAUAACUUUCCAUAUGACAACAAUCAAAUGGUUUUGGAUAUGAUCCUUUACUCUUUAUUUGGGGUCCCUCAACCAAUCAACUGGGACAGUGUGGCAAGACUAGUGCCAGGCUAUUCCUCCAAAGAGUGUGCUAAACGAUUUGAUGAACUGAAGAGCAGUGGAAGUUCACCUGUGGAUAACCAGUACAGUCCACUCAUGGCAAGUGGUGGGAGCCCUGUGGAAACGCUAGCUAGCUAUAUCAAAUCAUCACUUCUUGAUGCCCAGGAGGAGUUACAAGAGCUACCUAGUGAAAAAGAUACUAUUUCUGGAACUGGAAGGCCAGGUGUAGCUUCCUCAAGGAGUUGCUCUUCAGAAAGUGAGAAAUGCCCUGCACAUAAAGGUGGAGAAAAUGCUGAUGAAGCACAAGGGCCAAAUAUGGUGAUCCAUGUAUGUGAUGAAGCAAAAAAUCUGAAGGAGGAUUUUGUUUGCCCGCGAGAUCUGUUGAUUUCUGAAAUGAAGUACUUUGCUGAAUAUCUGUCUGUGGAUGCCCAGCGCUGGGAAGAGGUGGACAUUUCAGUUCACUGUGACGUUCACAUCUUUAACUGGUUGAUAAGAUAUGUUAAAAGGAACACUAAGGAGUAUGAGGUGCAUGAAAUGCCCACCUUAGAACCGAGCAAUGUCAUUUCAAUUCUCAUUUCCUCCGAGUUCUUAAAGAUGGAUUCAUUAGUGGAAAAAUGCAUUAAUUACUGCCACAAGAAUAUGAGCGCAAUUGUAGCCACACCGUGCAAUAUGAACUGCAUCAAUGCUAACCUCCUGACACGCAUCGCAGACCUUUUCACGCAUAACGAACUGGAAGAGGUGAAGGACAAGAGGGAUAAGUUUAAGAGCAAGCUUUUCUGCAAGAAGAUAGAGCGGUUAUUUGAUCCAGAAUACCAGAACCCAGAUUCUCAAGGAAGUGCUGCAACUCUCUACAGGUGCUGCUUAUGUAAGAAACUUCUUAUUAAGGACACCGAAAGAAGAAUACCAUGUGUUCCUGGAAAGAUUAACGUAGAUCAGCAUGGAAAUAUUAUCUAUGUCCACAUAAGAGAUAAAUCUUGGGAUGUCCAUGAGUACUUGCUGAGCCUUUUUGAGGAAUUGAAGUCUUGGCGAGAUGUCUACUGGCGCCUUUGGGGGACAGUCAAUUCUCUGGCAUGUUCGCGAUGUAAUCAAACCUUCCUGUGCACUGAAUUCUCGCAUUGCCAAUACCACCCUCAGCCUGUGCUUUACCUUGGAAUAGCAAGUUCUCUUGGUUCCUCUGGCACCGGAGUAUAUCCCUGCUGUAACCAAAAGGUUCUCAGAUUUGAUCCUGCGCCUCUUCCAAAGGGAUGUAAAGUAAGAGACCAUAUGAUCGGCUUGCCUGCAGGUGGCGAAGGCGGGGAUGCCAUGCCUUACCAGACGGCGAAAAUACUGAAUGACCUGACUCAGCACAGGGAUGUCAUUGUCGUACCUUUUUCCAAAGAUGCAAACAGUGAUUCUGGAAUUGGGCUGAAUGAUGAGAAGGCCAUUGAGUGUGACGUGCUGCUGGAGCCAAACUCACCAUGGGGCCCCAAAACAGGAGAGAUCAAUGCUUUCCUUUCUCUGAAGAACUGGACUCUUCAGCUGAAGCAACAGUUGCUGCUUUCAGAAGAUGAGGAAUACACUACAGGCUCUGAGGUCACGGAGGAUGAAGUAGGCGAUGAAGAAGAAGUGUACAAGAAGCCAGGAAGAAAAGAGAGGCCAAAGAAGUUCAUCAAACAUCCCAAGAAGCAAAUGUCAUCGCCCAACGUCCAAAAGAAGGAUAAGACAUUGGAAAAGUCUAACUCUCGUGACGCCUCUCCUUUUCUUGUGAGUGUGCAGCAGAGUAAGUGGGAUGCUUCCAGAUCGUUACGAUACAACCAAGAUGCUCAGCGAGAAGAAGAUCAGCGGAGGAUGGUUGAGAUAACAGGACACUUAAUAAAAAUGAGGCUGGGGGAACUUGACCGAACAAGAUCAAAAGAAAACAAAGAGUCUGCAGCUGGAAUCUAUGCCAGGCUUGAAGCUCAGAUCAGGGCAACUGCCCAAGUUAACACUCGGCAGAACAUCACAGAAAAGAACGCAAGGACUAAGCCCCGCUUUGGCCAAGGCCGCCCGACAUAAAAGCCCUGGAACGUCAUCCCGCAAAGAGAAGCCAAAGCAUUUUCCUGCCUCUUCUUAGGACCGUGCUGGACUCCAGAAUCCGGGCACUUCCUCCCCAAAAGCUUCCAAGUGACUUAUUUAUUUCUUACUGUUAGGCCUUGUAAAUUAUUAUUAUGUUUUUCUUAAGCCAAUGCAGGACUUUUCUUCUAUUAUUUAUGUUGUAAAUACACUGUUUCUUAUUAAAACAAGUGCAUCUUUUUUCCUCCCUUC